UAGAAGAUGCUAUUGCUGUUUGGUCCUCUGGAACAAAAAAACAAAGACAAAGCCCCCCUAAUCUCUCUCUCUCUCUCGCUCGCUCUCUCUCUCCUGUAACAGAGGAAGAAACUCAAGUACGUAAAAGCUCUUCUGGGAGUCUUCUGUUGGUCUCUGGAUGAAAUUUCUUCAUCCACAAUGGAUUACAACAAAUGGGUUGAAAUGCAACAACAACAAUCGAACCCUAACCCUUCAACAGACCCUUACGCCCAACUCUACAAUGCGCAGGCUGCCUCCUAUUCGCAUUAUCCUUACUACCCACAUCAUCCCCAUAACUCCGGCAUUGAUGAUCCUCAGGCGGUUCUUAAACACCAUGAAAUCCCUUCCGCCCAUGGCGCCGAACCAGGCCUUCAUCCACCCGGAAUUGAUUCUUAUGCCGCCUUGAACAACUAUUCCCAUUCUACCCUUGUGGAUUUUGAAACCCAGGCGGGAGUCACCUAUGGCCACCAGGCGUCGCAGGUCAGUGCGCUGGCUGCAGCUGCGUAUUAUCCUGAUACUGGUGCUGCUGCGCAGAAUUGGGCAGCGAAGGAGGCAGUUCGGCAGUUUGGGGCGGAUCCCGUCGCUUACGCAGCUGUUGGCAUAAGACCUAAUGGAACGGAUACACUAGUUACUGUAAAUCCCAAGCCUGUCACCUGGACCAACUCAAAGAUCCGUCCUAUAAAUGAUGCCUGGAGGAAACGACCAAAGAAAACAAAAAUCGUGCAGUCUGCAUGGUGUGAAGUCUGCAAGAUUGACUGUAAUAGCAAGGAAGUACUGGACCAACAUAAAUUGGGAAAGAAACACAAGAAGAACCUAGAGAAAUUAGAAGCGGCAAAGAAAGAGGCCAAUGCUCCCAUCCCUGCAGUUGCUCCAGUGGCAAAUGAUCCCCUAAUAGGGCCAAAAGAAAACCCAGCAGUAGAGAAAGGCAAAACCAUCAGUGUGCGGCCAACAAAGAAGAAGGCAACCUCAUCAUCAGCCUCUGGUGUGGAUUUGGAGACAAAGAGGCAAAAGGUUAUGGAAGGUGGAGCAGCACCAGAUGCUGUUAAGGUGUGCACAAUAUGCAAUGUGGUAUGCAAUAGUCAGAUAGUCUUCAAUUAUCAUCUUGCGGGACAAAAGCACAUUGCAAUGCUGAAGAAACAGGCAACAGUUGGAACAAUGGCUGCCUAAGGGCUGGAUUGCCUAGGAAAAAAAAACAGAUCAUUAUUAUUUUCUCAUUUUCAAUGGGGUUUGGUCCGGUGGGUUCUUUGCUUUUGGUGAAAGAUAAAUGUAAACCAGUCUUUGUCUCUCCCCAAAAUAUAUCUCUAAAACCUCUCUUCCAUACAAAAGUAGUGCUUGUUAUGCUGAGAGACUUGGUGGUGUCUAAAGAAAAGAGAAGAAAAAGGUUGGGAAAGAGAGAAAAUCCAAAGGCUACUCUGCAGGUUGCCUCAUUGUUAAAAGAAUUAUUGUUCAGUCGUGGGUUAGUAGGAAAGAAGAUCACUAUAACAGUAAUGUUUUAAAAA